GACAAGACUGGGGCGGGGUGACUUCUAUUCCGCUUCUGCAUCGCUUUUCUCGCCGAUUUUCCAAACACCCGGAUUUCGAGCUUCUCUUUAGGUUCUUGCUCCACCUUUCUCUCCACCUGCUUAUAUUAUAUCAAUCAAUUCCAUCGUUUACCUCUCUCUUUCUUUCUCCUUCUCCACUUUUUCUCAGCUCUCUCCAGGUGAGAGAAAAAUAUCCGCAGGAAAUAAAAGAGGGAUGGUACUAGUUCGUGGACUUGGACUUCUGCGAGCCUAGCUACCUCUCUCGUUCUAUAUUGUCAUAAUCCUUUACUGCUUCAAGAGAAAUAUUUUUCUGGAUGCAUAUGAUCAAAGAAGUUGAGAGUUGCUGGUGAGAUUAAAAGACUUGCUGUGGGUAGACUUUUAAUUGAAAGAAAGAGAUUGAAGCAUCGUCAUGGGUGCUGUUUGUUGCUGUUUGCAUUUUGAGGAUCUUGAGGAGUACAUGGAUCCAAACAGUUCAGUCUACAGGAACAGUAUGUGUCACAGAUGUUUUGUUCAAAACUUUCUAAGCCUGUACACCUCAUUCUUUCGAAGAGGGGAAGUGCAUUCUCUCCCUUCUUCCCUUCAGGGGCCUGCAUCUAUGACUUCUAGUGCAUCACUGGACAACUCCCUCUCUGACAUGUACCGCUCUCCUCCUAGGCCCUUGCCUUAUGAUGCCGACCCCAGAUAUUUCCAGUUGCAGCGUGAUGGUUUGGUUUCUAGACGGGAAAAGGGUACAAGUCAUUCACACGAGGAAUCGGAGCCUUUAAGAAGUGAUAAUGAUGUGGAUUCAGAAUCGUUCAGUGCAGGAGACAAAUGGAAUGAUUCUACUUGUGAAGAAGGAUCCAAGGAACAGCGUUCUAGAUCCUCACUGAAGCUGUCAUCAGCAAAAGCAACAGUUGGAAUUGGGUAUAUUUAUUCAACAUCAGAAGAUGAGGAUGUUUGUCCAACUUGUCUUGAAGAAUAUACUCCAGAGAAUCCUAAAAUAACGACAAAAUGCUCUCACCACUUCCACCUUGGUUGUAUUUAUGAGUGGAUGGAGAGAAGCGACAGUUGCCCUGUCUGUGGAAAGGUGAUGGUAUUCGAUGAAACGCCUUGAGCUUCCUUGAAGGUUUUUGCGGUGGAUGAAACCAACAACAAGAGAAGAGAAAGAAAUUGAAGACGAGAUGUAUAGAGUUCUUUGUGAAUAUUGACGGUUAUAGCAUUUUGCCAUCCAUGGUAAAUAUGAAAUUGUUAUGACUUAUGAAUGACAAUACGGCGAAUACAUUAUCUUCAAAAUGUCAUUUUUCUUGCUUCAGCUAUGAAAAUCUGGCUAUAGUUCCA